GUCAUGAUCUUGCUUUCCUUUUACCGCUCCUAGUUUCUAAACCAGUAGAUGUAUCUAGCAAGUAGGGCCUCCGUUAGCACAAGAAGAUUGCAGCUUUGCAAGGCAGAUGAUCUUGCAUGGUUCAUGGACAUGACUUGCUCAGUUAGGCAACAUCCACACCUUUUGUUUUGGUCCUGUUCGGAAAUCUGGUCGUCGACGGUUAGUAGCCUAGCCGUCGCUGGUAAUGAUUUGUUCCCCCAAUACUGCCAUAGUUGUCGCGCAGGUUUCAGCAUCGUCGGAAGAAUUAUAAAGGGCAGGCAUGUACUUAUGUAGUAAGCGGUGAACCAAAUGAACAUCCUUAAUUGCACAGGCCACACUUUCCCCAUACACGAAAGCCAUGCAACUUAUUGAUUUGCCUAGUAUAUAGCAUCUACAGAACGUUAAUAAGAACCUUGAUGUGCUCCUUCUGGAGAUUCAAGGUUGUAUGUUGUGAUCUCCCUCGCAUCCUAACAAGGGCCAGCAACCACUAUGUAUUAACUGUCGUGGUGCUUUUAAUAGUCUAGUUGUUGUAGGAUAUUUGAGCUCGAUUAUGGAGCCAAGCUUGCGGAUGACGAGCUCGGGAUCAAAUAGGUCGAAAAGAAUCGGUUGGAUCCGUACCCCUAUCAUUUUGACAGUUUGCACUCACUUUGUUGAGCUGAGUUCAAGCCUCUACUCCUGCUUUAUCGGCUCAUUCUGUUUUCGUAGGAGUCAACAUCGCUUUCGUGUGUCUCGAGCUUUGUUGAGCUAAGCUCGAGUCUGUUAGGAAGCUGGAUGACCAGUUCAGGCUCGCUUUGGCCUGGUUUCAAUGGUCCGGUAGUGCCCCGGAUCAUGGCCCAUCCACGGUACAAUGUGUGCCAGGACCCAGGCCAUCUUGGCCCAAACAAGGCCAUAUUGUGUUGCUAAAGUAUUGGCUGGCAGUUGAACAUAUGUAUUGUGUGCUAACAAAGAAUCUGAAUUAUAAAACAGGAAAUGGCAAGCAAUAUAUUGUAAACAGUAAAAGGAACUUUUGAUCGAUUUAAAACUAUCCAUAUGGCAAUCCCUCCCACUCCCUGCCUCCUGGGUUGACAUGUAUCUGUGCGAACGCGCAUACGCGGCAGCAGUACAUUCACAUCCAGUACAGCUGGCAGCACUCCAAAUUGAGCACAUCCUUGUUUUCAUACUGGAACCUUUAUUUUGAUUGUUGUUUCCUCAAUUGGAUGGCCGAAAAAUACACACAGCCCUGCUGGAUCCACACCCCUUUCCCCACUGGGGCUCUGUUGCUCCAUUUGGAACCGACGGCGUUCAGGAAAGAAGUAAAGAGAGUCGAGCCCCAAAGCCCCCCCUCCCCCCCUCCCUCCAUACCCCAACCACUUCGCCGCGGCCGUUCUUCAAUCGGAGCCCACAAAAGAGCCAUCUAUCUCCUUUCUACCAGAGAUCUACCCAGGGGUUAUUUGUGCAGACACUUGUUUUAUGUGCUUGUGCGUGCUGAUUUCGGCGGUUUCGUGUGACCACAAGGGAAUCGGAGUGCUUCACGGCGAGGAUGCCUGGUCUACCUUCACAUAACAACGAUGCAGUGAACAAUGGAUGUGGAUUCAGUGUCCCCAGGUAUGCAGACGAGACGUGUGGUCAGCAGUCAAGAGCUCAGUUAUCUCCAGACGAGGAACUUACCCAUGAGGAAUGUUUGGCAUUAUACGACAAACCAGUUACGCUGUACAAUAUUAUUCAACAAAGAGCCAUUAAAAAUCCCUCUUCACUUCAAAGAUGCCUUUGUUAUAAGAUAGAAGCAAAACGGAAAAAGAGGAUACAGAUAUCGGUAUCAAUUUCUGGAAGCGCAAAUACUGAGUUGCCAGCUCAUGGUAUCUUUCCUCUCCAUGUUCUGUUUGCUAGAGCUACUACUAAUGAUUCACUUAAUGGGCAUUCUCCAGUGUAUCAGUUCAGCUGGGCUUCUCUCCUGACUUCUUUUAGUGAAUCUGGAAACAGUGACCACACUAACGCCACAUUCACUAUCCCCGAUUUGAAGAGUUUAGCAACCUUACAAGUUUGCAACCUUAACAUUAUCCUUAUUAGCUGUGGCCAACGUGGAAAAAAUCUUAAUGAAAACUUCUCAGGGAACCAUGUGGAGUAUUCUUCUCCUCAAAAGCUUGGAGGCCAAUGUUCCUGGGGUAAAAUACCUAUGGAUUUACUUUCCUCAUCUUUGGAUGAUUGCGUAACUUUAAGUUUGGGGCAGACUGUGGAAUUGACUUCAGGAAUAAGUAUGAGCCCAGGCUUCAUAGAGCCAAUGUUACUUGAGAAUGGCACUUGCUUCACUUUUUGCUCUCAAAAGGCAGAUGCUACAGGUUCAUAUGAACUACAAGUGAGGAUAGAUGCCCAAGAGGCUGGUGCAAGAGACAUGCAGAAAUAUUCUUAUAGUAGUUACUCAUAUGAUGAUGUCCCACUUUCGUCAUUACCAGAUAUCAUAAGGGUAAGAACAGGCAAUGUGCUCUUUAACUACAGGCACUGCAAAAAUAUCGUAAAAAGUGAAGUUACGGAAGAUUUUUCUUGCUCCAUUUGCUUGGUAAAGUGUGGAAGUUUCAAGGGCCUGGCAUAUCAUUUAACCUCAUCGCAUUGGCUACUCCACUGUGAUUUUGGGGUCUUUGAAGACCGCCAAGUUGUUAAUCUUAGUCUAAAGGUUGAUGCCAGGAGAGCAGAGCUUCUAAGCCCUGCAGGAGAAGGAGAUGAACCAAGCAAGAAAAUGUUUUUCUACCGACCUAGGUUUAAGAAGAGGUGUAGAAGAUUAGAAACAUCAAUCGAGAAGACCAAGCAUGUACAUCCACAUAUCAGAGAUAUUGUGGAAUCAAGAUCACCAGAAAAUAUCAGAGAUAUUGUGGAAUCAAGAUCACCAGAAAAUAUCAGAGAUAUUGUGGAAUCAAGAUCACCAGAAAAUAUCAGAAAUAUUGUGGAAUCAAGAUCACCAGGAAAUAUCAGAGAUAUUGUGGAAUCAAGAUCACCAGGAAAUAUGGGUCAUGUACAUGCACAUACUGCAGAACCAGGAUCAUCCAAAGAUGCCCAUAAAGGGUUUGAUGUGGAUUAUGUCCCAAACGAAAAUGGGAUUUCUGUGCCCCAAGCUUCAAUUGUUUCUCACCCCGCAUUACAUGUUAGCAAUCAUUCAACACCAGCAGUUCUAGAGUUUGGGAAGUCAAGGAAGCUCUCCGUUGAUCGAUUUGGCCCCAGAAAGCGUCUACUGCUGCAAAAACGUGAGUUCUUCCAUUCUCAGAAGGCGCAGAGAAUGGAACUAGAAGAUGUUUUGGGAGAUCAUGAUAGUGAAGACGAAAUUGAUGAUGACAUCGCUGACUUUGAAGAUAUGACGAUGCUCGAUGGUUUUUCUGACGUUACUAAAGACGAGAAGCGUAUUAUGCAUAUGUGGAAUUCGUUUGUUCGGAAACAAAGGGUAUUAGCUGAUGGCCAUAUACCCUGGGCUUGCAUGGCAUUCUCCGAGCAGCACGGACAAGAACUCGUGCACAACCCUGCUCUACGAUGGUGCUGGCGAUUCGUUAUGAUCAAGCUCUGGAACCACAGCCUGCUCGAUGCCCGCACCAUGAACACCUGCAACAAAUUUCUCGAUGACUUGGAAAGCGAGAGCUCUGCUGGCCCCAUGCAAACUUGAUUUGUAGAAAACGUUGUCCAAUUCGAGCAGGGCCCAUCGACGGUCAUGUUUGUGGCGGUGCAGCAUGUCACAUUUUUUUGAUUUCCUGUCGUCCUCAUUUACGGUUACAGGAUUACAGUUGGGCAACAGUGAUGUGUCAUUUUGGGAUGGGCAGACUUGUGGAGUUGAUGGUCACAGAAUUGCAGAUGUUCUGUUUUCUAUUUCGUUUUUUUUUUGUGUCGCAUUAUCUGUUAGUUAAGCUUCGGUCAUUUUGUUCAAAAGUUGAAACACUUGUGAGCCGUGGAGCCUGGCUGCAUGUUUGUGGGUGUUUUCGAAAAAAUAAUAUACAUGUUGUAGUAGGAUCAAAACGUGUAGAAGGUUGUGCACCGAUGUGAUGGUUUUCCAAACCAAAGGUUAAUUCAUAAGUUUUAUGAUGAGUUGGGAUGAUUUUGAGUUA